CUUCCGGGUCAGGCCUGCUAGUGAGGCUGGCCACUGCGCUUGCGCAUAUGACUCCGCGGGGGCUGCGGGGCACCGGCAUCGGGGCCGCGCCUUCUCGGUGGCUCGCGCAGCCGCGGGGACUCAGUGGAAACCGAAGGCGAGCGAGGAAGGAACGCGGGAAGCAUGAAGAAAGGGAUUUCUUGCGAGCGGAAACAGGCGUGGAUAUCGUCGGGGAAGGCGGGAGCAGGAAAUGGAUUUCUUAUGGAAGUGUGCGUAGAUUCGGUGGAGUCGGCUGUGAAUGCAGAAAGAGGAGGUGCUGACCGGAUUGAAUUAUGUUCUGGUUUACUGGAGGGAGGAACCACACCCAGCAUGGGUGUUCUUCAAGUAGUAAAGCAGAGUGUUCAGAUCCCAGUUUUUGUGAUGAUUCGACCACGUGGAGGUGAUUUUCUAUAUUCAGAUCGUGAAGUUGAGGUGAUGAAGGCUGACAUUCGUCUUGCCAAGCUUUAUGGUGCUGAUGGUUUGGUAUUUGGGGCAUUGACUGAAGAUGGACACAUUGACCAAGAGCUAUGCUUGUCUCUUGUAGCUCUCUGCCGUCCUCUACCAGUCACUUUCCACAGAGAUCCAAUGGCAGCUCUGGAGACCCUCCUGACCUUGGGGUUUGAACGCGUUCUGACCAGUGGGUGUGACAGUUCAGCACUGGAAGGACUGCCUCUCAUAAAGCAGCUCACAGACCAGGAGGUGGGAUAACAGUUAAAAAUCUGCAAAGGAUCCUUGAGGGUUCUGGAGCUACAGAAUUCCACUGUUCUGCCCGAUCUUCUAGAGACUCAGGAAUGAAGUUUCGGUACAAAUACAUUCUUUAUUUAUAUACAGGAGAGGAUGAAAUUAAUCUUUGCUUAAAUAAGAAAGCCUUAGCUGAUGUCAAUAAAUAAUGGAAUACCGUGAUGAGUGGGUAUCAUGAUUUGUUUUUCAGUCGAAAAAUAUUCAACUGAAGAUGACUGUUGUUCCUCCAGAAAUAAGCAGGAACUUUAGACUAUGAGUAAGCCUUUACACGAUUGGCGUGGUCGUGCCGGCCCUCACCAUUGUCACGGUGAUGUCUAGUCUGAGCCUGCUCAGAGAGCGGGUUGUGAAUGCAGUGGCAAUGAUGUCCUAGUUAAAGCCUUGCAGAGCCUCAGCACUCAGUAGAUGAGCUCAGCAGGGAAGUGUUCAGUGAGUCAGAGGCCCACAUGUGCGCAUUCUUGUGCUUCCCUUUUACCAAGUUAAUCAUUGCUGUAAGGCAGCCUCGAUAGCAUUGUUAUCUCUCCUAUUGUAAAUACUCUUCCUUUACCUUUGCUCUCUCCUUGCAGUUGUUUUGAAAUUUUAUCAUCAUUAAGGACUUUAAUCGACUGUGGGGUUCUUUUUUUCAAUAUCAUAAAGGAUUCCUAUGACUUAACUUGAAUCGUCAUCUCAUUUCCUAGUUGAGGGGGUACAAAAUAAAAAAGGAAGACCCUUAGUAUAUACACUUUUAGUUAUAAAAUCCAGUCUCCUGCCUGGCAGCUUUAGCUACUAGAUUUUUCCAGCAGUUAAUUAAUGGAAACUGUGGCUAUAGUAGUCCAGCAUCCUUGGCCUUGUAUCAGUCUCCAAAGCAAAGUGCCAGUAGGAGGGUGUGUUUAACCACUGAUGUGAUUAACUAACUAUUCCUCUGUUGUUCCUGUUGCAGAAAUUCCUCUGUUGCAAUGGGAGCUUCACUUGCUCAUUCAGAAUAUUCUCUAAAGGUAACAGAUGUGACAAAAGUAAGGACUUUGAAUGCUAUUGCAAAGGAUGUCCUAGUUUAGUUAAACUUGUCUGAGAGACAUGGGUAUCGCAGUGUGAAAGAAGCAGUUGGAUCGACAAUCUCUAUGACAGCACCAACCUUCCACAUGGCCGUGGGUGUUUCUAAGAAGAAAAAGACAUCGGACAGCAAUGUGAUCACUUUCUUUGGUAGUCAUUGCUGUCUGCCAUCAUGGGUGAAUUUAGUCUGUGCUUCUUCCACAAGGGCAGGCUUAGCUUUCAGUGGGCUUAACUAAUGAACUGGCAGUGUUCAGCUGCAAGGCAUGAAACCAGAGUCUGCUUCAGGGUUGAUUUAGUGCCACUUUUGUGCCUUUUUGUUUUGUAAAAUAAAAAUUCUCCUUCUGUUGUG